AUGAAUUCCGUUUUGUCUUACGUACGCAGUCUCCUUAAAUGGUGCGAAGACAAGCCUUCGAAAGGAACAAGCUUUAAGCGAGACAGGACUGACGAUGAUUUUUCCUCAGACGAUGAUGUACCUGCUUUGAAGAAGCUAAAACAAUUAAAGAGAACUAGUUUUCCAGAUAUUAUGGCACCGAACGAUGAGUGGGAUAAGGAUGAUAAGCAAGCAAAGCAUGUUCGGUAUGUGCCAAUCCAGAUUGAAUCUGGUCACCCCAGUACGUCAACACCAAAUGAGGCACCUAAUAGAAUAGGAAACAGGGUUAGGACAAUUCCUGUUAAGUUUGUUGGUGUAACGGAAAACGGCGCUAUUACACCAAGGAAAUCAAGGGUCCACACUUCAGGGAGACCCAUGAUACAUGCUGUAUUAGAUAAUGAUGAUGAACAGAUAACUUUUGUUGAAAGUAAACCAGAGAAAACAAAACAAGUAUACAUCAAUUUGGAUGAUGACAAUGAGAAUGAUAAUGAACAAAAUGAAGAUGUUAUAUUUGUCAAAAAAGUAGCUCCACCUCCAUCGGUAAAACCAGUAAAAUUUUUUUAUGCCCAAACUCAUGAAACCGAGUCUAGGGAUGAAGUAAAUGAUGUACAGUAUUAUAGGCUUAAAAAAGUAAAUGAUAAAAGUAGCAGUUCUACAUUGAGAACAUACAGUAGAUUUAAACCACCUAUAGGCAUCACUAAGACAUAUAAAAAGUGUCCCACCUCCAUGCCUAAAUGGAUGCAGGGACAAAAGUCAAACCUUUCUCCUAAGAAAAGCAGGUUUUUAAAUCUCAAUGGCAAUGGCAGAAUGACUUUGUCUGAUGUAUUCAAUUUGGAUGAGAAGAAAAGCUAUCAAGAAUUAAUCAAGAGGGUAUCAGGUCAGACUCAACCUGCUUCAUUUAGUAAACCAAUUAACAUCAUAAACUUAGCAGAAGAUGCAGCAUCAUUCCGAAUGACGCAGAGGACACAGAAGAAUGCACUAAAUGAAAUUAAACUAGUUGAAAAAGGGCUCAGUGCUGAAAAAGAAAGUGAAACAACUACAGAAUAUGAUCCAAUUACUGUAGCUUCAAUAAAUUCAUCAGAUUCAGAAGUAGAACUUGUUCCAUCGGAAUGUUCAACAUCAUCCUCUAUAAGAAUUGAUCCAAUAAAUACAUUAAGAGAUUCAUUUAAAGAUAAAGCAGUCAUAGCUGAUGACUGGCUCGCAAAAUUAAAUAGUAAGUAUAAAAAGAAAAGGCAGGAUACUAACGAGAAAUUGAAAGAUGCUCGUUUAGAGUCUGACAUCAUAUCUAAAGUUAAUUAUGAACAAAAAUUAGCACAUUUAGAACAUAAGCUUAAAUAUGAAUUGAGUAUUCCUGAAAGCCUAAUUGAAGAAGCCCAGCCAACUGUCGAAUUGCCUAAGCUAACCUUGGAGCAAGAGAAACUAGUCAAUAGGGCUUUAGGGCCAGGACCUCCUGGUCAAUUAUUGGUGGAGAAAUUCAAUUUAAGGAUACACAGACGAGAUUUGCAGACAUUGGCCGGCCUGAAUUGGCUUAACGAUGAAGUUAUAAAUUUUUACAUGAACCUUCUGAUGCAACGAUGCGAAGAGCGAACAGACUUACCAAAAGUUUAUGCAACCAACACAUUUUUCUACCCCAGACUCCAGCAGAGUGGACAAGCUGGCUUGCGUCGUUGGACAAGAAAGGUGGACAUCUUUGCGCAUGACCUCAUGAUAGUUCCUGUACAUUUGGGAGUGCAUUGGUGUCUGAGCUUAAUAGACUUCCGUUCAAAACGUAUAAGCUACCUAGACAGCAUGGGCUCACGCAACCAGCCCUGCCUCGAUGCCCUGCUGCAGUAUCUGCGGGACGAGCACCAAGACAAAAAAGGACAGCCCUUUGAUGAUAAGGGCUGGAGCACAGAAAACUUGAAGGACAUCCCUCAGCAGAUGAACGGUAGCGAUUGCGGCAUGUUCGCCUGCACUUUCGCAGAGUUCUCAUGCAGGAACGCACCAUACACCUUUUCGCAGACGCACAUGCCCUAUCUGCGGAGAAAAGCAGCCCUCGAGAUACUACAAGGGAAACUGUUGCUA